CCCGCAGCAGACUCUUGGAAAUCUGCUCUUCCCCUCACCACCGCCACCACCACCACCGCUGCGUAAUCAGGCCGGUCCAGGGCUGAGGCGCACCGAGCCACACAGCGCUUUUCUUAUUGAUAAGACUCCUUGGAAGAAGAGGACCGCAAACUACCGUCCUGACCUACGACUUUAUGUCAGAUGUUCAGCCAGUGAGCUGGACUUUGAGACGCAUCACGGUUAAAGAAAAAGAGACUCUUGAGGAGGACUACUGGAGAGAGAGAAGAAGAAAUGGAUUUUUUAAAAAUUUAAUGUCUGCUUUGGAUAAUUAUAACUUUACUUCUUAUCACUUUUUCACAGUCUGACUCCAGUUGGAUAGUUUUUUGUUGUGGUGUUUGGACCUUUAAUAUCGUUAAGUGUUUAUUAAGUUUAGCGCUCCUCAAACACCCACCGCACUCAAUUUGAGCUUUAAAACGCAAUUUGUGCGCUCAAUAGAGACGACUGAAGAAAAAGCAGCUGAGUUAAAACUUGGAAGUUUUUUGUUAUCCAGCACGUUGGAGCUUUUUUCUUUUUCUUUUUUUUUUAAACAAGGGGGACUUAAAAGUUGGUUGCCGCCGCUGAACGACCACGAUCUCCUUCUUCUUCUUCGGAUAUCUCUCCUGGAGAGACAACAGUGUGGACAGGCCGUCUACGCGCGCGCAGUUCCUCAGGGCGAGCCGCUGUCCCCACGCGCGCAGUGCUGAGGAGAGAGGGACUCUCGCGCUUCCAUAAAUGCCCGGUCCGUCGAAGAGGCUCGAGGCUGGGCAGCAAGAUGAGCUCGUGGGUACAGCUGCUGCUCGCGUUGCUGGCGGCGUGUCUGCGGUUUGGCGUAGCCGAGGAGGACCCUCUGCCUGCAGCCCUGGUGGAGCUGGUUAGAAACAGCCCCAUCUCCUCCAUAGAGGACCUUCAGCUGCUGCUGCUCUCUGACUCCGUAGAUGAGGAGGAGGGAAAUUCAGCAGCCAACGGAGGUCACAGACUACCAAGGAGUCUUGAUGCCCAGCCAGCCCAGCAGGCUCUAUGUAAAGUUCGUACAGAGGUGGCUGAGGUCACCAGGGCGAUGUUGGACCGCAGCAACGCUAACUUCCUGCCAUGGCCACCCUGCGUUGAGGUGCAGCGCUGCUCUGGCUGCUGCAACACAAAGAGCCUGCAGUGUGUCCCUGUUGUCACGCACACCAGAUACCUGCAGGUCAUGAAGAUCGAGUACAUGAACAAAAGACCCACGUACACUAAAACAGUGGUGUCAGUGGUUGAUCAUGUGGAGUGUCGAUGUCAGCCAGUUCCACGGCCCCCAGUGCUCAAGAGAAAAUCAUCUCGCAGACAGCACAGCCACAAUAAAGACCAGCAUCGAAACCAGACACUCAGCCAAGGACACGGACAUGGACAGGUCAAGGUGCACUCCAAGGAUGAGCUCCAUCAGUGGGAUGACCUGAAACAGAACCAGAGAGCCCAUUUGGAGGAUCUCCUGGAGCAGCACUGGAGCCCCAGAGGAGACACUUUCACUCAGCAUGGGGAAGGGUACAGUCUAGCUGGGGACGACACAUCUCGGUCUGAAGAGGCUAUUCUCUACGGUCCACACUGGGCACAUAACUCCACAGGGCUCCUUGGGAGUAAAGACCAAACAGAGAAUCAGGAACAUGUUGAGAGAAAGAAUGGUAGGAUCUCAGAAGGAAACAAGACUCUGUCCGCAGCAGACAAUGCUGGCGUUGACCAAAAGUUGGCAGAAGUUGGGGAUGGGUUACUGCUCAACAGUACUGAGGGGAAGAUUAAUGAGGGAAACAGGGAAACACAAACACACAGCCCAUCAUGGCGUGAUGACAAAUCCAAAUUUUCAAAGCCUGCAACUCACAAUCCUCAAGCCAAGUUCAGUCCCACUGAGGCAACCGCCGAGCAGGUUGGAAGCAGGUUCAGGCCUACCAAAGAACCAAAUCCAGAUCCUCGAGAGCAGGUGAGACGGAGAGGGAAUGAGACUCCAGAGGAGGAGAGGAUAUUACAGAUUGAGAAGGAAAAACUGGAGGAGGAGAGAACAGAGCUGCUUCUCCUCCACAAGAGGUUGGACCAAGAGAAGGAGAUACUGAGACAGCAACAAAUGAAGCGAGAAGAGGAGGAGCGGCAGAAAGAAAAGGAGACAGAUAGUCAACACCACCUGCACAAUAAACACCAUCAUCAUCUGCAAACAACAACAACACAGAAACCAGAGACAACAUCCACGACUACUACACAGCAGCCAUCAGCUCCAGCAGGCCCCAGGCCCCCAGCCCGUCCAAAGAAAAGGAUGAGGAAGAAUCGCAAGCGAAUCAGCAAGGCAGCUAUGAGAGCAAUGCUAAUGUAGAACUAAAACAAUCCCAGGGACACAAAGUGAACUUGGAGUAUUUUGUGGAUAAUCCAGAGGUGCGGCAGAGUGACUCCCUUCAUAUAAGUAUUUAUUCACUUGUCAGUAACCUGCUCGUCCUGUGAGAUCUCCUCAGUAACACUACUAAUGCCUGUCUGAUGAACCUGUAACUACACCUGGAUGGAAUAAGAGGAGGGUGAGAAGAAAGUGGAAUAUAAAUAAAAGGUGGACCUCUACAACGACAGUUGCUGGUAUGAAGUAACGAGUGGCACCCAAAGACUGACAAACUGUGUGCAAGCACAGAACCUGUGGGGGACUGAAACUGCAUGGCUGUAGAACUGCGGAAAAUAGUGCAAUUUCAAAACUCUCCUUGGAACCUUGUUUUGAUAUCAACAGAGAGAAAUUGCACUUAUACGUCAACAGAACGAAGUCUAUACGGGGUUUAAAUUAGAGAGUUGUUGCUGAAAGACUUGAUUUUGUGAUAAGACUCAUCACAACUACCAAGUGCAUUUGGUGGAAAAAAAGGACAUAACUCCUUUGUGUCGUUGAAGAAUUUGUUGUAUUGUAAUUGGAUAAUCGUAGAGACAAUCACCAGUAGACUGCAACAAAUGUUGACCAAAAUGAGCAGUAUUUCCAUGUGUGAUAGAACCCACAUCUUGAGGGUUCAGUGUUGUCUCUGUUGGGAAGACAAAUCUGUGUAAAUUUACCGUACAGUACCAAGUCCUGAUAUCAUUUAUUAGCUAAUUAAAACAGUGAUGGUCUUUCUUUAAUCAUAUUUAAUUCUAUUCAACUCAUUGCAAACACUGGAAUUAAGCAGACACGUGAUUAGUGAACGAAAACAUAAAAUCUUGCUUCAGUGAGGUUUUCUGUUUCACAAUCAAAUCACACGUGUGCAGAAAAAAAGAGUAAGGAGCUUUAUGAAUAGUGAUAGGCGAUAGUGUUACACCUGUGACAUUACUGUGUGCUACAGUAUGUUUCCUAUUUAUUUAUCUCUACCAUUACUGUGGAUUAACUUUAUUUACACAUGCAUCAAACACAACGUAACAAUGAUUCAGUCUGGGGAGUUAAAGAAAGAAAGACAGAAGAUCAAACCUUCUGUGACCUCCCAGUAUCAUGCAGUGUUUAACGUCUAUGACCAAAAGUGUGUGCAUAUGUGUUUGUUUUGUACAUUGUGUAGUGUGUGUAUGGGCUUGUGCCCACACCUACACUUCUGUCAUGCAUCUCAGUACUCAUGUAGAAGUAUAUCUGUUCCUCUAUGUCUCUUUCUCUCUUUGAUAGAGAGAUGUCUCUCUUCCACUGAUUACUUUUUGGUAGAAAUAAUCACAUUCCUUUCAAACUCUGUGAGGAAGAGAAAGAAACACUUUACUGCAACAUAUUUCUCUUUAAGCGCCCCCACUGUAUUUCUUUAAUUUAUCUACAUCACAAUGAUUCUGACAUUUCACUCACAGGAAAUGAAAGAAGGAACAGAUCACUUAAAGGGACAGCAAAAUGUCAAACUUUGCAAAUGUAGAUAUUGUUUUGUGUCCUUCAUUUCCAUUAGUGACAACAAAUAGAACCACAGUGGUGAUGCUAUUCUGUGUCCAAUAACGUAUAACCAGCCAAAAACACCUUAAGUUAUUGAAAGACAUGUACGUUUUUCGUGCCAACUUACAACUGUUACUGAUUCUGUCUGUUUUAUUUUGAGUUAUGACAAAAAUAAGGAAUGUUUGUGAUAACUUUGCCACCUAAUGCUAUUUUCAUAUGGGUAUAAGAAGCUAAUGUGCUUAAA